AUGUUCACGCGAGGCAAGAGGGAACUAGCCCUCGCCUUCACCAGUUUGCUGACCGUCCUUUGGAGCUUGGGUGCACGCGGCCAGCAGCUGGUUAUCAACGAAACCAGCUUUUGGUGUGCCGAUGUCGCGGCCAAGGCUUUCCUUGCCAGUUGCAACGCGGCGAGCGCCGACGACGUUCUUGCACGCGUUGUGGCACGCAAAUAUGCGGCCUGUAUAGAGAACAACGGGACGCAGCUGCCCCGCUCCCUACCGCUCGUCCAAAUCAUGGUGCCUCUGAACCUCUACACCACAUAUCACCAGCUCGCCGACAACUUCACGGCCGCAACGGCGCAGCAGCUCGCGGUGGUACCUGUGGACGUUGACCAGCUACAACAGGAGGCACUUUUCGAGUACAGCAACAACCUCUCCCGUACACACCACGCCUGGAUCAUGUACCUCGAUUCGUACUACCCCCUGGAGCAGCUCUCCGCCAUUUCGGACCUCACCAACCUCACUGCGGCCAGUACGGCAGCACAGGCUGUUUGGAAGGACCUGCCGGCCGGCUUUCAGCACCUUUCUCUGUCCUAUGGCGACGUACCGCCGGGCCCCGAUCAGGCGCCCAAGAUGCUGAGCCUCCCGCUGGACGCUUCCACGCCGCUCAUGUACUACCUACCCCACGUGUUGGCGCGCAACAACUUGUCCGUACCGCGGACCUGGUCUGAGGUGUUGUACGUGGCCAGGAAGAUCAAUGGGACCGAUAUAAACGAUGACGGGCUUCCUGAGUAUGCAGUGUGCUUCAAGCCUGAUCCAGACUGCUCCUACGCAUCGGCAUUGGGCAUGGUGCUGGCGCCGUACCUGCAGUACAAGGGUACGGCACAGGGUGCCUUCCUUCAUCCCAGCGACCUGACUCCUCUCUUCGGGUCCCCGGGGGCGCUCGCCGCCCUGGAGGGGGAGGACUGCCUGGAUAGCGCCUCCGCACGCGCCUUCUUGGAGGGGGAAUGCGCGCUAGCGUUUGGCUGGGGGGAUCUGUUCAAGAGUUCCGAGCUGUUCCUCGACUCCAACUCGGUCAAAAGCCGUUACGCGAUCUCGGUCUUGCCGGGGAGCGAGGUGGUGUACGACAGGGAUGCAAUGGUCCGCAAGGAUUGUACGGCAAAGCUGUGCCCGUACGGCCUGAACGACCAGCCGGAGCAAAUCGUGCACCAGGAGGACAAUUCAAUCGUGUACGUCAACCGCGCGCCGUACCUGCCGUACACCGGUUUGGUAGGAGUCGUGAGCGCGGAUAUCGACCCCGCGCAGCAGCAGACGGCGUUUGACUUUCUGGUGUUCCUCGCGGAGCACAACCGGGAGUUGGCUUUGUCACGGAGUAGUUUUGUGCUGCCGUACCGAACUUCUCUUUUGAACAGCUCCGACACGAGCUUGCUGGAUGCAUUUGUCGCAGCUGGGUUCGACUCCAACGCCACCCUGGCCUACAUGAAUGCCACUCUGGCCACCCUGUACCACAGCAACCUGGUGCCCGGGCCCAUCAUCCCCAGGGCGGAGGCGCUGAGGGCGCUUUUUGGACUGGCCGCUGCAAACUUGUCAUAUGCCCAACCCAACCCGGAGCUGGUUUCGGAGCAGCUCCAGACUGCCGUACAGGAGCAGGUUGUUGACUACGACUCCUCCACUGGCUGGCGGAUGCAGCUGAGGUCCGCCUACUGGAACUUCAUUGACUACCUACCUGAGGUGCCGCGCGGUGAUCCUGACGGCGACGGCGGCCGCGAAAUGGACAUCCCGGCGGUAUCGCUGGCUGUCCCUGUGGCCUCGGCGCUGGUGGUGCUGGUGGCGUCCACACUGUACGAGUUCAAGAAGCACCGCCAGCACCGCAGUCUGUUUGGCAAGGUGGUCGCACCUGGCCCCUUCGAGGACACCACCCUGCUGGUUACUGACAUCCAGGAUAGCACGGCCCUGUGGGAGAUGCUGCCGUCCAAUGUGAUGGACCGGGCGAUAAAAGAACAUCACACGUGUCUACGGAAGCUGCUUCUGAAGCACAGCGGGUAUGAGAGCGCCACAGGUAUCGACACGGACAAGCGGGCCAGCCUCAUAGCGGAUGGCGCGGAUGCUGCGGGCUCCCUCAUGGCGCUGCCCAGGACUAACUCAGGACUGUCCAACAAGUCCACCAGCGAAGAUACCAGCAGCCCGCAGGCCUCCAAUGCGCUGAGCGCUCCGGGCUCCGAGUCGAACACGUUCAUCACCGCCUGCCAGGCCAGCUGGAAGGAGGCCAACGCCACCACCCCCAACAACGUGCUCAUUUUUAGGGGCCUGAGGGUGCGCAUGGGGAUGCAUACCGGGAUCACCAACGAGGCUGACGUGGCGUACAACAAGGCGGCGGCACGCAUGCAGUACAGCGGCGAGAUCUUGCAGUACGCCAAGGCGGUCAGCGACGCGGCAGCUGGCGGCAUGAUCCUCUUGAGCGAGGCGACGUACCGUCGCCUGCCCAUGGAGCGGUUGUGGGACAAGGCUAUGGUGAUGCAUGUAGGGGAAUACAAGCUAAAGGACGACCUGCCCGUGCUGUCGCUUUACCAGGUCACGGGUCGCCGGCUGAUGGGCCGGCUGGGCUACCUGAGCGGCAUGAGGUUCAAGGAGCAGCUGUCCAAGGGGGUGUACUCGGCACCGCUGGGGGCGGUCGCCAUGGCUUAUGUUGGCAUCGUGGGGACCUCCGAGCUCCUGGCCUGGAAUGAGUCUGUUACCCGGGAGGCGAUGGCCCAGCUGCACAGCUGUGUUUCGGAGCUAAGUCACAAGUGGGGGGGCUACCUGGUGCAGGCCACUGGUGAACAGGUGCACGUGGUGUUUGCGGGAGCGGCGGAUGCGCUGUCGUGGGCUCUGGCUGUGCACCAGGCGCUGAUGGAGCUGCCCUGGCCCGAGCCCCUCCUGGAGCACUUACUGGGGGAGGAGCUGAUCGUUGGGGACGUGGUGGUGUUCAGAGGUCUACGUGUCAAGACGGGAGUGGAUGUCGGUCACGCGGUGGGCGAGGUGGACGCCCUCACCGGCAGGAUUUGCUACCGCGGGAAGGUGGUCGCCCGCGCCGCGCGUAUCAUGCAGAACGCCUCGCCCAACCAGGUGCUGGCCAGCGGGGAGGCGUGGGCGGCAGCCAUGGCGUCAUCGCCAGGUCUGCUGCAGGUGCGCGGCAUAGUCGGCGGACGAAUAGGGCCCUUCAAGCUGCGCGGCGUAGCGGACCGAAUCGACAUUAUUCAAGUACGGCUGCAGCGUGCUGACGUGGCGGGCGCGGACGGCUGGGCGCAGGACCUGCAGCAGGGCGGCGGUGCGGGUGGUGGUGGCGGAGCCGCCGCCAUGGCGCCGGCGGAGGCAGCUGAGGUACAAGACGACAGCGCCGCCGCCGGAGGCGGUGGCGUUGGUAACGCAGCGGCCGCGGCGCCGUUACGGUCCGGAACCGCAUCCAAUCUGCGUGUGCACGACGGCGCCGUCGCCGCCGCCGGGACAGAGGAUGCGUCAGUAUCAGGGAAGCGAGCGUUUGGCUUUCUGAGCCGCGGCUCGCGGGGCGAUGCGGCGCAGGCGCUGACGGCGACUGCGUCGGCGCACAGCGCGAGGCAGCUGGAGCUCCCGCCAGGCGGUGCAGGCGACGGCGGAGCCGCCCCUGCGGCCGCCCCGGGGCUGCCGUUACCGGCGUCCGGCGGCAGCCCGCGGCUUUUUGGCUCAUUAAAAUUGUUCGGAUCGACGCGUGCACAGAGCUUUACCGGGGGGCUGCUGCAUAGGAUGGCAAACAGUAGCAAGAGCCGUGGCGGCGGCGGCGGGGGAACCAGCAGGGGUAGUCGUGCAUCGGGCUUCGUGGACACGUCCGCUGUCAGCAUCAGCGCCGCCGCCGCCACC